GCGUUGUCUUCGUUGUUGUUGUUGGAGAGAGAGAGAGAUACACUGAAAAAAUCUGUGGACUUUGAUCAAUGGGCGAGUCAAUUCGAUUUUUCUCAAUUCAAUGGCGGAUACUGCCACCGAUCAUCAUCGCUUUACUUUUAUAUAUUCCGAUUAUUGUCUCGGGAAGUUUCUUUAAACCGUUCAACGUCAGUUACGACCACCGGGCUCUAAUCAUCGCUGGCAAGAGGCGUAUGCUCGUCUCCGCUGGAAUUCACUACCCUCGAGCCACUCCUGAAAUGUGGUCUGAUCUCAUUGAAAAGAGUAAAGAAGGUGGAGCUGAUGUGAUUCAAACUUAUGUGUUUUGGAACGGGCAUGAGCCUGUCAAGGGUCAGUAUAACUUUGAAGGAAGAUAUGACCUUGUCAAAUUUGUGAAGCUUAUUGGAUCAAGUGGUCUUUAUCUCCAUCUACGCAUAGGUCCUUAUGUUUGUGCUGAGUGCAACUUUGGGGGGUUCCCAGUGUGGCUGCGUGAUGUUCCUGGCAUAGAGUUUCGAACAGAUAAUGAACCUUUUAAGACAAUCAUAGGUUUUCUGGUUGUUAUUUUCUAGAAAGAGAUGCAGAAGUUUGUAACGAAGAUUGUGGAUUUGAUGAGAGAAGCAAAGCUGUUCUGUUGGCGAUGACGGAAGAUUGUGGAUUUGAUAACUAGCAGAUGCGGAAGGGUCCAGAACCACUUAGGGACUUUCCCUUUAAUUUUAUUGUGAGAAAUGUCAAUAAGCUCCAAGUUAUGAAGGGUCUUCAAGAAAUUUGGGAAUUGGUCUAUGUCGCAACCUGACAAGACUAAUCUCUCCAUGUUCAGUGGGAAAUAUGAAUAUGAACGUAAACUAGCUGGUGAUAUACUAUUACCAGAAAGAUCAACGUUCAACAAAGAUUCAAGAGAAGAGAAUAGGUUUAAGUCUAUUGGGUUACUUAUAUUUAGGAAAGAAAGAUCAAGAUCUUUGAGGGUGAUGAACUUUGAGACGGCCUCUAAGAUUUGUCCAUCAAAAUGGUUAAGCCCAAGGUAUAGGGUUUCAAGCCUUGAUGAAGAAGUGGAGUUUUGAACUUCAACUGAACCGGUGAAAUGGUUUUCACUCAAUUCAAGAUAUGACAAAAAUGGCAUGGAGAGCAGAGAAGAAGGGAUGGUUCCGGUGAAGUGAUUAUGAGAAAGGUCCAGAACUGAGAGCUUAGUUAGAUUCCAUACAUGUGGGAAACUACCGAUGAGAUCGUUAUGGGAAGUGUUCAAAUAGGUUAGCAUGCUUAGGUUACUAAUUUCGGAAGGGACUUGACCGAUGAAGCCAUUAGAGGAAAGGGACAAGACCUUUAAUUUGUUGAGAUUGCCGAAUCCGGAAGGAAGUGAAGAGGAGGUGAAGUUGUUGUGAGAGAGAUCAAGCGAACGGAGCUGAUGCAGUCCAAAGAGGCUACUGUUGGCUUUGAGGAUUCCAUUGAGACAGCCACUAGGUAGCUGUAGCUUCGUGAGUGCACCUGUCGUGUUAUCGCACCGGACUCCGUUGAAGUAUUCACUAUGGUUGCAACCGCGGGAAUCAAACUCGUUCUUGAACUGCAUAAGUGCUUGAAUCUGGUCAGGGUGACAAGCAUCAAGUCCAACAACAAGAGCAUCAAUCAUUAAGAUGCUUGAAGCAAAGGAAAAACAAAGUAAGAGUACAGAGAGAAAAUGGAAACGAAGACAUGACAUGGUCAUCCUGUAUAUUUUUGUUUUACAAAUAGACAAAGAAGAUGGUUAGAUGGGUCUAUUAAAAAAUGAUGUCUAAAGAUCCAAUCAACGAGAUCAAUGACGUUAAAUCUUUAAACGUAUAAUUUUUGUUAUGUUUAGAUUUUUGAACCAUAUAUCACACUCAGUAGCGUUACAGUUAAAAAAUGGCAUUAAUCUGUUUACGGAUUGAAGAAGACUUGGUCAAGUUUGGAUUGUUAGGAUUGUUCCGGUUUAGUCGGGUGAUCUUUGAAUGUUGUUUCUCAA